AGGAGCUGGAGGGAGACUCUAAACUCCAUGCUGGUCCCUGGGGGUCCACAGAUCUUCUCCCUGGUCAUCUUUUCCUCCUUGCUGACGGAUGGCUAUCAGAAUACAACGGAGUCUCCUCAGCUUCUCUGUGUCCUCAAGAGCAACAACACGGCCUGCAGUUUUGCAGUGGGCGCCGGCUUCCUGUCCUUCCUCAGUGCCCUGGUCUUCCUGGCCCUGGAUGCCCACGAGAACCGCAUUGCCAGCACCCGCUUCAAGACAUCCUGUCAGCUUUUGGACUUCAUCGUGGCUGUCCUCUGGGCAGGCAUGUGGUUCACAGGCUUCUGCUUCCUGGCCGGCCAGUGGCAGCACUCACGACACAAUCACUUCCUCCUGGGCAACAGCAGCGCCAAAGCAGCCAUUGCCUUUGCCUUCUUCUCCAUCCCUGUCUGGGUAUUCCAGGCCUACAUGGCAUUCCAGGACCUCCGAAAAGACGUUCCAGUCCCCUACAAGCGCUCCCUGGAUGAGGGUGGCGUGGUACUAAACACCCUCACCCCACCCUCGGCUGCCAGCCCUGUCAGCAUGUCUCCUGCCAGCUCCGCUGUGUCCCCCUAUCUGAGUGCUCCAAAGGGCCCCCGCCUCGCCAUGAUGCCUGACAACUAAAUAGUAAAGAGAUAUCUUCCCUAACAGCCCUGUCCCUCUCGUGUCUGUCCUGCUCAUCCCUUGUGUAGCCCCAGGAAGGGGUGGAGGCUGGCCAGGUCGCCUUGAGGGCUCCACGGUGGGGCACACCUCCCCCCACCUCUGUGCCACCCCCAGCUGCCACCUCCAUAGCAGCAGAUCAGCAGUGGCGAGAGGCGGAAGACACUUUUUUCUCAGGCUUGGGAGGGGCAGGCGCUAAAUCCUGUCAGGUCCCUGAGCCCCACACUAGGCACUGCUGGGAGGCAGAAGUUCAGAGAGAAAAUGCUGCCACCUGCAGAGGCAGUGGCAAGAACCAGGGCCAACAGUGGAACAAAGAGACUUGGCACCCCUGAUGCUGUGAAAGCCUGAGUCCUGUCACUCCCCACAGUGACAAGGGAUGAACAAAAAACCAUGCUGUGAAGAGCUGGU